GCGAACACCAUUGUAAAUAUCCAUCGGCUACAGCAAUCUGAUGUAACUGAACCCUAAAAAACACAAACACAGAACCCCCUUUGUCAAUCUCCUCGUACAUAUGGACAACAAUCUCGGAGGCAAUUAUCACGACGAGGAAGACGACGACGGCGCUUCCUCAAAAACCCUAACCGACACUGAUCUCCCCACCGAUAUCAAAGACGAGCCCCUUGUUUCCGAGGAAUUAUCAGAUUUCGAUAAUGCCCAUCAAGAUUUUCUCCCCAAAGACAAUUCCCCCAAUUUCACCCGAGUCUCCGACAAUUCCGACGACGAUGAAGACGAUGAAUUAGACGAAACUAACCCUGUCAAGAAACACAAGAAACUGUCUGAUGAAGCUGUUGUUGUGGUGGAUUCGCCGGUGCCCACGCCCACGUUGAAGGCGAUUACGACGACGAAGAAGUCGAAGAAGAAGAGUAAUAGUAAUAGUGUUUGGACUAAGCCCAGUUCGAGAAAAGGGAAGAAGAAGCCGAAGAGUAAUAAUGGGGCUGCCCCUUCUCAUCACAAGGAGGAUUUUGUGAGGAUUACGCCGUUGCCGCGGUUUCCUGACAAGAAUGAUGAUGUUCCGGAGAUGAAGAUUUGUCUUUCGAAAUCGUUUAAGGCGGAGAAAGUGGAGUUGAGUGAGGAUCGAUUGAGUGCUGCGAGUUGUAAAGGGUAUAGGAUGGUGAGGAGUACUAGAGGUGUCACUCAAGGAGCUUGGUAUUUCGAGAUUAAGUUGGUUAAGAUGGGAGUCACGGGGCAUACUAGGCUCGGCUGGUCGACUGAGAAGGGGGAUUUGCAGGCUCCCGUUGGGUAUGAUGGGAAUAGUUUUGGGUAUAGGGAUAUCGAUGGAAGUAAGAUACAUAAGGCUUUGAGAGAGAAGUAUGGGGAAGAAGGGUACGAAGAAGGGGAUGUUAUUGGGUUUUACAUAAAUUUGCCGGAGGGGGAUUUGUACACUCCCACGGCACCUAAUAUUGUUUGGUACAAGGGGCAGAAAUAUGCUUGUGCACCUGAUCACAAACAGGAUCCACCUAAAGUGAUUCCAGGAAGUGAGAUAUCUUUCUUCAAAAAUGGAAAAUGUCAGGGUGUUGCAUUCAAGGAUCUAUUUGGUGGUCGUUACUUUGCUGCUGCUUCAAUGUAUACCCUUCCUAAUCAACCUAAUUGUGUUGUGAAGUUCAACUUUGGCCCCGAUUUUGAAUCAUUUCCCCAAGACUUCAAUGACCGACCUCUUCCAAGGCCUAUGAUUGAAGUUCCUUAUCAUGGCUUUGACAGCAGUUAUGAGAACGGUAAACCUUUGGUAACUGCCCCCAGAAUGUUCCCAAUGCUGAAGUUGGUCAAAGAGCAAGACAUUAAAAUUGCCGAAGACUAAAUUGACUAAGCUUGAUUUUGGUUUAGAUCGAAAGUAUCUAGAAAGAUGGCAUUUGGAAGUAUGGGGGUACGAGCAAAAGAACAGUGGUGUAUUUUGAAGCUUCUCGGAGACUUUGGUAUAUUUACUAUAUAGUAGCUGUCUGCUCACCUUUCUUUAGAAGUAAUCUUGUUUAAGGAGUUCCAUAUGUUGUAGUAUUGUAUAUAACAAUGAAAUGCUUACUAAGGAUUGUGAUAUUAUCAUAUUAUUAUUGUA